AUGGCCGAGGAUGGCAUGUUCUUGAACUUCUCCGUCGAUGCGAACCUCGCCACUGCCGCUGCAAAUAACACCCGGAAGUUCAAAGGUGGGUCGUGGAGAGACCGUCUGCGAGCGAAGAGGUCUGUACAGAGAAGAGAAAAAGGCGGAGACCAAACGAGAAGACACGAUGCAAACACAGUCCCUAUAUCGCAGAGACGCUCUGAGGGCCGAGGGAAUGCACAUACACACUUGGGACAGUCUGGUGAUUUCCCAGACUCUCGACCAGCAAAGAGGAGGCGUGAAAAUGAGCAUGUGCCGAAUUCAGCCCGAGUUCAAUAUCCCGCGCAGAAACGAAGUCAUGAGCACAAAUCACCUGCAGGAGGCCCUCGCGAGGUCAUCUCUUCGCUUUUCACAUACAACCCGAAACCAUCAACUACUGUGGAAGAGCCCAAGGAAGGAAAUCGAGAAGAGAAGCCAACGGCGCCUUCUAAUGCCCCUCUGAUUGAUGGUAUUGACACGUUCACAUCCCUCGGCCUUUCCCCCACGAUAGCUACCCAUCUUUUGACCAAGAUGAACCUUAAAACCCCCACGGCGAUCCAAAAGGCGGCCGUUCAGCAAAUGUUGAAGGACAACAGCGACGCAUUCAUACAGUCGGAGACGGGCUCGGGGAAGACCCUGGCAUAUCUGCUCCCUCUGGUGCAGCGAAUCAUGAUCAUGUCGGAACAAGUGGCAGAAGAAAGGAAGACUUACGCACAAGAUCCCUUAAUGUUACAUCGCGACUCUGGCCUAUUCGCCAUAAUCCUCGCCCCGACCCGCGAACUUUGCAAACAGAUCUCCGUCGUUCUCGAGCGCUUACUGGGUUGUGCGCACUAUAUUGUCGCUGGUCAUGUAAUAGGAGGCGAAAAGAAGAAAUCGGAAAAAGCCCGCAUGCGAAAGGGACUAAACAUUUUGGUUGCGACGCCUGGCCGAUUAGUUGAUCACCUGGAAAAUACAAAGGCACUUGAUGUGAGUAAUGUCCGCUGGCUUGUGCUAGAUGAGGGGGAUCGGUUGAUGGAUAUGGGGUUCGAAGAGGAUAUUACGAAGAUUGUGAAGACUUUGGAUCAGAAAAAGAGGCCGGGAGGGAGCACCAAGUGGCCAGGUCUACCUAAAAAUCGAACAACGGUGCUGUGCUCGGCGACGUUGAAGAUGAACGUACAGAAGCUCGGCGAGAUCAGUCUGAAAGAUGCGGCCUUGAUCAAAGGUGACCCUGGAGACAAAGAUGGGCCAGGACAAAGAGAGGAGGCUGGAGACACCAUGAUGAAUGGCAACAGCACGAAAGACUCCGCGUUCCUGGCUCCAGCGCAGCUCAAGCAGUCCUAUAUCGUCGCGGCGGCGAAGCUGAGGUUCGUCACACUUAUGGCAUUACUAAAGCGAACAUUCGCGCGGAAAGGGUCAGUCAUGAAGUCCAUCGUGUUCGUCUCCUGCGCCGACUCCGUCGAAUUCCAUUUCAAGGUAUUCACCACAGCAUUCGAAGAAGAUGGUUCCUCAGAGAAUAAGGAACUGUCGCGUGACAAUGCUGAGACGGACUCUGAAGUCGAAGGUCUUCAAGCUGGCAAACUCUCGCCAACCUCAACCCGCGAUCCUUCCGUCUCUGACUCAAUCCUACCCUCCCCAACCCUUUCGUCCUCACACAACCAAGUGACGCUCUACAAACUACACGGGUCUCUUCCUCAAAUUACCCGCACAAACAUCGUCAAACACUUCGCUACCACGACCUCACCAUCCCUCCUAAUUGCGACGGACGUCGCCUCCCGCGGCCUCGACCUGCCCAACCUCGAACUUGUGGUUGAGUACGACCCCGCGUUCAGUGCCGAGGACCAUCUGCAUCGAAUCGGGCGCACAGCUCGUCUAGGACGGGAUGGCAGGGCGGUCAUUUUCCUCCUACCAGGCAAAGAAGAAGGCUACGUCUCGGUGCUAAAAAGCUCCUACAAGACGGGGCCAGAUACCGUGGCGAACGUCUCCUCCAUGUCCGCCGAGGAAGUACUUAAGAAGGGGUUCACACCCUUUAGCGGUGUCAUCCCCACUAAGAACAAGAAUCACCAGAACGAAAGGGAUGCCGCAGACUGGCAGUCUCGCGCCACUGACCUCCAACUCUCCCUCGAGCGCUUCAUUUUGUCCUCUCCACACAACAAGGACAUGGCCAAAAGGGCUUUUCAAAGUCACAUGAGAGCCUACGCGACACACGUCGCCAGCGAGAGAAAGUGGUUUGAUAUCAAGGAGCUGCACCUGGGCCAUCUUUGCAAGAGUUUCGGGUUGAGAGAGACGCCUAGUGGGAUGGGAGUGGGAAGGAAUAACAAGAAGGGUGGCACGAAGCGAGGACACAGCAACACGACUGAUGAUGGUAAGUUACGACAUCGUGGUGGGGGUGAUGGAGAGAAGAAUGCCGAAAGGGCAACAAGGAUACGAGAUGUCGGUGCAGAUAUGGAUAAUAACGGUGACACUGACGAGGCGGCGCGGAAGAUGAGGGAGAAGAUCAGGAUGAACAGAAAGAUGAUGAUGGGAGGAACCGCAGACGAGUUUAAUAUUGCCUGA